UUCUAGGCCUCACGAAAUGCGGAUUUCACAAAUGAGAGAUUGUUUUCUUUUGAUGCCAUCCGGGGAAUUCAUCUUAGUCAGGUAUAUGAAUGGGUUGCAACUGCUUGGGUUUUGCUUCGCAUUUUUCGGACUUGCUAGUGUCUUCUUAGGCUUACUAGAUGUCCUCUUAAUCCCAUUGUAUUCUAGAGAUAAUAAAAAUUAUCCGUUUGAGUUCAGCCUAGCAAAUGCUUAUGGUCUCCCCAUUGUCACAGGCGUUCUAAUUGUAUCUACUGGAGCUAUGGCUCUUCGCACAGUAAUCAGUGAACGUUUUGCUUCUCUGCGACGAUUUUACAUAUCACUGUGGUUAAUAUUACUUCUAACUGUUGUCUAUUGGUGCUGCCUUAUAGCUGCUAUUUCUUGUGGAUAUUUUUCAUCCAAUACAUCGUAUAAUAUUUCCAAUUCACAUUUGGUAACAAGAGUUUUUACAGCUGUGAAUUCUGGUCUUUCACUUAUUCCCUGUUUCACUGGUCUAGUGCUGUACAGUCGUCCUGUUCUUAGUAGUAGUAGUAGUAGUAGACAUGGAGAAGUCUUUUGUUGCAACUCUUUAUUCCAGCGAUUACGUGGCUAUGUGCCUUACAGACAGCUAUCAUCAACAAAUCAAACUCGAACAAGUAGUACUGAUUCAAUAUCUGCAUGAAGUUUGCAUUAUUUGAUCGCUGUAGCAAUCUUUUCCUCUUCUUUUUAAAAAAAAAUCCUGGAUGCUAUUUCUAAACCCUUUAAUCUUCGUUUCAUCAUGUACACAUCUGGCUGGCGGUAAUGAUGCAGUAAAGGCAGUUGGAAAAAAUAAAGGUUCGGAAGCUUUCCUGAUGAGAUUGGAAGAUGUGAUGACCGUUCAUUUAUUAUUAUUUAUUGCUGCUUCUAAUGAUCAUCUUGUAAAUACAUA